AUGGCAGCCGAUCAGCAGAAUGCAAAGAUCACCCUCUACUGGCUUGACAAGUCCCGGUCUCAUCGUGUACUUUGGCUGCUUGAAGAAUUGAAAGUCGACUAUGAGCUCAAGGUCUUCAAACGGACCAAGGACAAGCUUGCGCCUGCCGAGUUGAAGGAAGUGCAUCCUCUCGGCAAAUCUCCUGUUUUGGGUAUCCAGGCUGCAGGCGCCGACAAAGAGAUCAUGCUUGCGGAAUCGGGCGCCAUCACCGAGUACCUCACCGAGUACUUUGGCAAAUGGCUGAUCCCAGCGCGUUAUGUCGAAGGCAAGGAAGGCCAGAUCGGUGGCGAGACUGAGGCCUGGCUUCGGUACCGCUUCCUGAUGCACUAUGCAGAGGGCAGCAUCAUGCCGCUGAUGGUCUUCUCGUUGCUUCUCUACAUGAUCAAAACGGCACCUGUACCUUUCUUUAUCAAGCCAAUCACCAAGGGAAUCGCGGGCAAGGUCGAAGGUGGCUUCCUGGAACCGAACUUCAAGACGCACCUUAGCUUCUUGGAGGAGCAGAUUGCCACGUCUGGAGGCGAUUACCUCUGUGGCAAAGACAUCACUGCUGCUGACAUUUUGAUGAGUUAUCCGUUGGAGGCAGCGACCCUUCGUGCAGGCCUGACCAAGGACAAGUAUCCCAAGCUCGCGGCCUAUUUGGACCGCUUGCAUGAGAGGGAAGCGUUCAAGAAGGCAAAUGAGAAAAUCAAGGAGGUGACUGGGAAGGAUUACGAUCCAAACAUCUUCAACGCUUAA